CGUGCCCUCCCCUCGCCCCUCCUCCAGCCAAGGUCGCCGGGGUGGGCAGAUUCCUCGGAGCCGCCGCUGCUUCUGUGCUUGGUGCUAGGCUGUCACCCCGGGCCGGCUUGCAGCACGCGUUUCCUGUCACUCCGCCCCACCCACUGGAACCCGAACCCGGGCCAGAGUGGGCCCUUGGGCUGGUCCCUUCCCCUCGCUGCACCUUUGCUAGGGAUCAUUAUAACGUGAACGGGCCCCAGCGCAGAUUCGAGUGGCUGUUCAGAAACUGCGACGCCCCUCCCAACAUUUGGUUUCCUCGCCUGUCAGAUGGAGAUAAGCCGUAUACUUGUCUCAGGGUUACUGUGAGGAUUGAGAUGACGUGAGUAUGUCUGGCAUGUAGAGUUGCUCAAUAAAUGUACGCCGCCUUCUGCUGUUCAGAGCUGUCAAGAUGUCUGACAAGAACCAGAUAGCUGCCAGAGCUUCCCUUAUUGAGCAACUGAUGGCUAAAAGGAAUUUUGAGGAUCUUGGCAACCACCUUACUGAGCUAGAAACUCUGUGUGUGACUAAGAAGCAUCUCCAGGAGACAGAUGUGGUCAGGGCUGUGUACAGAGUCCUCAAAAACUGCCCCACGGUGGCUUUGAAAAAGAAAGCCAAGUGUUUGCUGAAGGAUUGGAAAGCUCUGUAUAAGGAUACUCACUUCAAACCAAGGGACAGCCCUCAAUUAUUCCCUCUGGGUGGAAAUAAAGAAGAAAAUUCAGGCCUUUCUCAUGACCCCAGUCAGGAUGAGCUAUUGGGCGUCUCCAGUUCUGAUUCUCUGCUAUCAUCCCAAGAUGUUAUGGCAAAAGCCACUGAAAUGAUUGUGCCUGAAAAUAGCUCCGGUCCAGUGGAACCUAAGGAAGGGCAUUUCAGGGGUGGUGACCCUGAAUCCACUGACAGUAGAUCCAGUGAGUUGCUGGAUCCCGCAGUGCCCGUGAGAACUAAAUGCACACAGCUUCUUUAUGAAGCUUUAACUAGUUCUUCCACACAUCAGCCUAAAGCUGAUUUAUGGCAAAACUUCGCAAGAGAAAUUGAAGAGCACGUUUUUGCCCUUUAUUCAAAGAACCUCAAAAAAUAUAAAACUUGUAUCAGAAGCAAAGUUGCCAAUCUGAAGAACCCCAAAAAUUCUCACUUACAAGAAAACUUGCUGUCUGGGGCCAUGUCUCCAAGAGAAUUUGCUGAAAUGAGUGUCAUGGAAAUGGCAAGCAAGGAACUGAAGCAGUUGAGAGCCUGCUACACAGAAUCUUGCAUACAGGAACAUCACCUUCCCCAAGUGAUGGAGGGCUCACAGACCAAGAAAAUAAAAUGCAGGCGUUGUGAGAAAUUCAACUGCCAAGUCACUGUAAUCGCCAGAGGAACACUUUUCCUUCCAAGUUGGGUGCGGAAUUCAAACCCAGAUGAAGAAAUGAUGACCUAUGUAAUUUGUAAUGAAUGUGGGGAGCAGUGGUACCAUAGCAAGUGGGUGUGCUUAUAAUUGUAAAUAUAUGUUCUCUUAACAACAGAUAAUGAGUGAUGUACUUUUUGAGGGGACGUGGGUGCUGAGGUCUUACUGGUUUGGUUGGUUUUUUUGAUUGCGAUAUUGACAUAUUAGUUUCAGGCAUACAACAUAAUGUCUCGAUAUUUGUAUAUCUUGCAAUAUGAUUACCACAAUUAGUCUAGUCAACAUCCAUCACCUCUACUCUCUUAGCAAUUUUCAAAUAUGUAAUACAGU